AUGUAUCUUCGUUCUCGAAUUCCUCGUUUAGCGCAUAGGUAUCGUCGAGUUGUUCCUGUUCGGGCUUAUUCGCAGGCGUUAAGACAUUUACCAUUGAAGAACAAUCUCCAAUGGAAGUUAGCAAUUGGGUCGAUUGCAGUAUUGGUGUCUGGUAGUUACUUAUUAACACCCAACGAGAUUCGUUUAGACUCCCCUCCAACAGGUACUCCUGUUUCAUCCGAAGAACUCAGUAAACAUACAACGUUGCAGUCAAGAAUUUGGGUAGCUAUCAAUGGUGAUGUUUACGAUUUGACAGAUUUUUUAUCGCUCCAUCCAGGUGGUGCAAAGAUCAUCAUGCACUAUGCUGGUAAAAAUGCCUCCAAGAUCUUUAACAAAUAUCACGCAAAGGACUUCUUUGCCAAAUUCUUAACUCCGGAGUCGUACGUUGGCCCAUUGAUAGAUGAAUUGGAUGAAGAGCCAGAUAUCACUGAGAGUGGGGAUGCCGAAGAAAGAAAGAGGAUGAUGGAAAAUAAGCCACCAUUGUCGGAUAUGUUCAACCUAUCCGAUUUUGAGUACGUAGCCAAACAAAUUCUCCCUCCUAAUGCAUGGGCCUAUUACUCAUCAGCCGCGGAUGAUGAAAUCUCUUUAAGAGAGAACCACUAUGCUUAUCACAGAAUAUUUUUCCACCCUAAGGUGUUGGUGGAUGUUAGUGAAAUUGAUAUAUCAACAGAAUUUUUAGGAGAAAAGGUGGAUGCUCCAUUUUAUUGCUCAGCAGCUGCUCAGGCAAGGUUGGGAAAUGAGGAUGGUGAGCUAUCAAUUGCACGAGGAUGUGGUGAUGAAAAUAUCAUUCAAAUGAUUUCUUCUCAAGCUUCAUUUUCCUUUGAUGAAAUUACUGAUGCUAAACCGGACGGUGCAAAUCAAUGGUUUCAAUUGUAUGUCUUACCUGAUAGAGAAAAGGCUUAUGAUGCCAUAAAAGCGUGUGAAAAGAAGGAUAUCAAGGGUAUAUUUGUAACUGUAGACACUGCAUUGCUUGGUAGAAGAGAGAAAGAUUUGAGACACAGAGUCUUUAGCACUGGUGAUGGUGAUGAUAAUGAAGUAACUGCAUUUGUUGCAGAAAAUGACCCAAUUAUGGCUUUUAAAGAUCCCAUUUUAACUUGGAAAGAUAUCCAAAAGUUCAAAGAAGCUACUGAUAUCCCCAUUGCCAUUAAAGGUGUUCAAAGAUUAGAGGAUGUGUUGAUUGCGAUAGAUAAUGGGGUCAGUGCUGUGGUUUUAUCCAAUCAUGGUGGUAGACAACUUGAUUUUGCCCGUUCACCAGUUGAGAUUUUAGCUGAAGUGAUGCCUGUAUUACGUGAACGGGGAUUGGAUAAAAAAAUUGAAGUUUAUGUCGAUGGUGGAAUUAGUAGAGGUAGUGAUGUGAUCAAGGCAUUGUGCUUGGGUGCAAAAGGUGUGGGGUUGGGUAGAGCUUUCUUGUAUGCUAAUUCUGCGUACGGCGAAGAUGGUGUAAAGAAGGCAAUUCAAUUACUUAAAAGCGAAAUGUACCUUGACAUGAAAUUAUUAGGUGUGAGCAAGAUAGAGGACUUAACACCCGAUUUGUUGGACUUGCGGAAUUUAUAUGCUCGGCCACACUUGAAUGACUAUCUUUACAACCAAACAUACGAGCCAUUACAAUCACCUAAAUUUAGAGAGCCUCAAGAUUGA